AUGGAACAAGAAUGCUUGAAAGAACCGAAGGUCGAAGCUUCUGUUGAAAAGUCUCUUCAAGAAGAGUUAGUGAUAAAUCCAACCUCAGAAAAUGUGAAUAAAAAAGAUGAAAGCUCAAUAAAGCCAUCCAGCCUGAUACCAUUUCAAACCACAAAGCUUCCAGUGUCAUUGGUUUUCAAAAGAACAUGUUAUAAGUGUGGAAGUUUGGGUCAUUUUGCCAAUGAAUGCUCAUCAUGUGAACGAUUAUGUUAUAAUUGUAAAACUCCUGGUCAUGAAUCUUCUAAAUGUCCAAAUGAUAGAAACUCAGAAUCCAAACAAUGUUAUUUCUGCAGGGAUGUUGGUCACAUUCAAUCUGAAUGUCCAAAAUAUCAAGAAAUUAAAAAGGAUCAUCCCAAUAGAAUAAAGAAAAAUAAUGAUCGAUAUAUCACUCCUAGUCACAGUCCUCAAUCAUACCAAAAUUAUUUUGGGGCUUCACCGUAUCAACAAUCAUACUACACAGAGGGUUUAAUGUACCAACCAUGGAUGUAUCAGCCACCAUAUACAACUUUUUAUUCACCUCAUCAAGUAUCACCUCCAGAUAUGGCCGAGCCAAAAAGUUAUUUCAAUCAUCAAUACCCUGGACAAGAUCCAUAUUAUUAUACAUAUGAAGCACAUUCACCAGGUUAUUAUCCUUAUGAUCCCCAAUAUGCAUCUCAUUAUAGAAAUUAUGUUCCACAUAACGGCAAAUUCCAGCAGCAGCAACCACCUCAUUAUCAGUCUGAGCAAUUCACUAAUUUGAUACAACUAAGGAACUUUGGAGCAAAACAACACACCAACAGCGGUAAACAACAAAAGAAUUGUUAUGAAUGUGGUGAGAAGGGACACGAGGUAAGUUCGAAGACAAUGACACUUGAAAACCUAAAAUGA